UACCGAGAAAGGAUCAAAUUCAUCGUUCCACAAAUUCUGAUGAACAAAUUUGAUUUUGAGCGCCGCGACCGGUGAUCGAGGCGACGAUGUGGUGGAGCUUUUGCCGCUGCGAUGUUCGUUGAGGCGUUCAUGAGGCGGGGGAAUCUUGAGCCGAGGAGGAAGGGGAAGGACCUUCCCGUCUGAAAAUAGUUCAUCGGCAAACGCCAUCGCAGGUAAAAAUACAUGUCUGUUUCCUCGUGGGAGAUGUUGAAUUGAUGGAAUCUCUUCCGUUGAACGCGCAUCCAUUGCAAGCUCAGUCCCACUGUUUCAUGAUCUCCCUCUCUUCCAAGCUCAAAUCCGAACUUCAUCGCUUCAGGUUUCUCUGUACUUCUUCUUCUUCUUCGUCAGUUCGUUCUUCAGGAAUCCCUACGAGACCUUCUUCUUCGGUCCGGAAAGAAAGCAGCGGCGGAGUUAAAUUGAAGAUCGCCCACACUCAACUCAAGGACAACUGGUUGGCUUCUCUAUCGUGUCCUUUUCCUCUAGGUCACGAUUACUCCGCCAAUGGUAGACCAGGAGACCAAAAUGCGACUUCAGACUGUGUUAUUGGUGUCGACCCCGACGUUUCUGGUGCUGUGGCACUCUUGAGAACCGACGAAUCGAUUUCUUCAGCUCAGGUAUAUGAUUCUCCUCACCUGCAAGUACUAGUUGGUGGAAAGAGACGGAAACGGUUAGAUGCUAAGUCAAUUGUCCAACUUCUUCACAGCUUUAAUGCUCCCAUUGGUACUACUGCAUAUCUGGAGCAGUCAACCCCAUUUCCACAGGAUGGAAAACAGGGGUGGUGGAGUGGAGGAUUCGGUUAUGGAUUGUGGAUUGGCGUAUUAGUUGGGCUGGGUUUUUCAGUUGUUCCUGUGCCAUCUCUUGCGUGGAAAAACAAAUUUCAGCUUUCAGGAAAGGAUACUUCUAAGGAUGAUAGCCGGAGAGUUGCAUCCACAUUAUUUCCAACUCUAAGCCCCCUUCUGAAGAGGAAAAAAGAUCAUGGGAGGGCUGAGGCUUUACUCAUUGCUGCUUAUGGAAAAGGCUUGAACUUGAAUGUGGAAACACCGUCCGUUUUAGAGGAGUCGGUAGUGUCUUAGAAAUGGCAGCUGGUUCUUUCUUUCUUCGCCCCUCGAAUUCAGGUUCGAGUUUGGUAUUGAAUAGAAUGAAUGCGAAUGAUGGAUCUGAGUGUAUUCCCCAUUUGAUAAUGAGGUUCUUUGCUUUAGAUUAUUUUGGCUCAGGCAACUAUCCUUGCUAAGUUAGAAAUGAGCCUUGUAGUAGUAAACAGAACAUGAUUGAUUAUACAUUAAAUGCAUACUCCCUCUUUAUCA